AUGGCUGAUCGAUUACUCUCAUUUGGAGAUGUGAUUUUGUUAAAGGAGGACCUGGAAUACUUGCGACCAGGGAUUUGGCUCAAUGAUCGAUUACUUACAUUCGGCUCUCAAUAUAUUCAUGAAAAUCUUGACCCGGAUAGAAAAGAAAUGGUUACUUUAAUUUGUGCGCCAGAAUGUGAGGCAAUCAAAUUUUUACCCGAUUCCGUCGAGGGGAUAUUUGGCUCACUAAAUUUACACGAAAAAGCUAUGGUUGUGUUUAUCAUUAACGAUAAUAGUCACCCGAAAAUCGCAAAUAGUGGAAGUCAUUGGUCUGUUCUAGCAUAUUCACGGGAAACACAAUGUUUUCACCACUACGAUAGCCUCAAAAAUCGAAACGAUCGCGCGGCUAAAGAGGUAGCUAAACAUUCAAAAUCACUCGUUCGUUCAGUGGAGCCACUUCAGUUUCGCAGCGAAGAAACACCACAGCAGCAAAAUGGAAGUGAUUGUGGAGUUUUUGCACUUGAAGUCAUCCAGGCACUGUUAGAGAAAGGUCUAAGUGGGGUGAACGAUUUGCUGACAGUUGACCCUUCUUUUGCGGUACAACGGAGAAAAGACUGGAUCAAAAUCAUAAGCGAACUGAUCCAUGCACGUUAUGCAAAGAUCUCGGACACCGAAGUCGAAUACUGUGACGAUCUUUUUGUAUUCAGCAGCAAACCCUAUUAUUUGAGAAUACAUUUGCCUAAACAGGUAUUAGACGAUGAAACAGGAUGGGCUAAAUAUGACGCAGAUGCUGGAAUUUUUACGAUAUGCGUUCCCAAGAAGAUCAAAGGCGAGCAUUUCCCUGGUUUGGACAUGGUUACCGAACUGCUGAGGCCACAACGAGAGAAACCAACUGCUGAACCAUUGGUCCAAGAGGUUUCUGGUGGUAUUAAUCAACGUGGCGACGAGGAAAUCGAGAGUGAGGACAAUGAUUACUAUAUGGAACAACAACCAAAGUCGAUUGAUGAGAAAAUAACGAGUGGAUCAAAAACAGGCUAUGGUUUUGGUUGGCAGAAAAGUGGCGUUUUGGGAUCAUUGAUGGCGGAAAUAGGACAACUUGUCGAGCUGGAGGAUCCAGAGAAUUCACCAAUUGAUGAACGUGCCUCACAAUGCUAUAAAAUGGAUGUCAAAAAUUUCAACGCUGAUCACUAUUUAGCGGAUACAUUUAAACCAGAUGAUCAACUCGAGCACAUUUUAAAAUUGGAAUUCGAAUGUGUAAAUCGGUUAACAAAAUCGGAUAUAAAGCGUCUCACGAAUCUACCCAAUCGAAAAAUUCCAAAGCAAAAACCAGAAGAAUUGAAGUUUUUGAUGUAUUCACUCAUUGACAUUGGAUUCGCGUUUUGUUACGAUGGACGAACAACUGAAUGGGAGAACUCAGUUGAAUCAGCUUGGACAAUUGAGAAACUUUCUGCUAGCUUGAGUUGGUUGGCUCGUUUCAAUUCAAUUAAACAAACAAUCAUUGUUGGCUUUUCUCGUGCGCUGACUAAACCUUUGUACAGGAACUGGAAUCUCUGCCAAGCUGUUUUGACCGACCUGAAAGAGCUCUUCAAAAACGGACGAACUGCGAUGAUCCACGCUUUGAGUAAAGUUCACAGUCUAAUGGUGAAAGGUGGAGAAUUUCGGUAUCUUUACAACGACCUUCUAUUAACAGACCUGCUGCUUUGGGUGCAAUGCGUUGAUGAAAUGGUUUUCAAAAAUUUGGCCAAUGAGUUAUCGGAAAUCGAGAUUCAAAAGAGCGACCUUCCCGAACUUCAUCUUGAAGAACUUGAAGUUGAUGGGCAAAUGCAUUUGAUGCAAAUCGAUCCAGAGCAAGAAGGAACCGAGAACACGAUGGAUUCGGAUGAUCUCGUUGAU